CGGCGGGUUCCGCUCCCGGCGGGCCGAGGGGUUGCGCGCACACGAGCGAGCCGCCGUGACGUGCUCCGCCGUGCUACGCCAGACAUCACGGGUCUCUGUGUAGUGGCGGCCCGGCUGUCCUCAGCUGCAUCGCCUGGCGAGGGUGGCGCGGCGUUCGCGGGUGGCGCAGCCGGCGACAAAGACGACCCACGGCGGACGAUCCGGUGCCAGAGUCCGGCGCUUCCGCUUCGCUGCUUCUCCGGCCCCCGACGACGCGAGCCCGUGGCUUCCUCCUCAUCGGCCCAGCUUACCCCGCGGGCCCCGGGACUGCAGCUAUCCUGAAGCGGUAAAGAGGCCCCGGGCCGCGCGCCCGCUGCCCCAUGUGAAGCAGGUUGGGCCUGCUCCCCGGCCCGCGCCCGGUUUCUGCUGCGGCCCUUCGGGCCUCCGGGGCCCAGUGAGGCGCCGCUCCUGGGGGGCGCGGUGACAGGCCGUGCGGGGGCGGAGGGGCCAGCUCGGUGGCCUCCUCUCGGCCCUCGGCUCCGUGAUCCCCGCCCAGCGGCCGACAGGGUUUCUCAAUGUAUCCCUGGCUAUCCUGGAACUUGCUCAUACAUCAGACUGGCAUUGAAUUCAGAUAUCACCCACCUCUGCCUCCCAAAUGCUGGGAUUAAAGGCAAUAAAUAAUGUUGAUGGGAGAACUAUUUUCCUAAUUUCCAAAUUAUUAAGCUGGUCGUCAUAAUGGAUGAUCAGCAAGCUUUGAAUUCAAUCAUGCAAGAUUUGGCUGUCCUUCAUAAGGCUAGUCGGCCAGCAUUAUCUUUACAGGAAACCAGAAAAACAAAACCUUCAUCACCAAAAAAACAGAAUGAUGUCCGAGUCAAAUUUGAACACAGAGGAGAAAAAAGAAUCCUGCAGGUUACCAGACCAGUUAAACUAGAAGAUCUGAGGUCUAAGUCGAAAGUUGCUUUUGGACAGUCUAUGGAUCUACACUAUACCAACAAUGAGCUGGUAAUUCCGUUAACUACCCAAGAUGACUUAGACAAAGCCGUGGAACUGCUGGAUCGGAGUAUUCACAUGAAGAGUCUCAAGAUAUUACUUGUAAUGAAUGGAAGUACACAGGCUACUAAUUUAGAACCAUCACCAUCAUCAGAAGAUUUGAAUAAUACACAACUUGGUGCAGAGAGGAAAAAGCGGCUAUCUGUAGUAGGUACCACUAAUAGAGAUAGAAGUUCCCCUCCCCCAGGAUACAUUCCAGAUGAACUACAUGAGAUCGCCCGGAAUGGGUCAUUCACUAGCAUCAACAGUGAAGGAGAGUUCAUUCCAGAGAGCAUGGACCAAAUGCUGGAUCCAUUGUCUUUAAGCAGCCCUGAAAAUUCUGGCUCAGGAAGCUGUCCAUCACUCGAUAGUCCUUUGGAUGGAGAAAACUAUCCAAAGUCACGGAUGCCUAGAGCACAGAGUUACCCGGAUAAUCAUCAGGAGUUUUCAGACUAUGAUAACCCUAUAUUUGAGAAGUUUGGAAAAGGAGGAACAUAUCCAAGAAGGUAUCAUGUUUCAUAUCAUCAUCAAGAGUAUAAUGAUGGUCGUAAGACUUUUCCAAGAGCUAGAAGGACCCAGGGCACCAGCUUCCGGUCUCCUGUGAGUUUCAGCCCUACUGAUCACUCCUUAAGCACUAGUAGUGGCAGCAGCAUCUUCACCCCAGAGUGUGACGACGGUCGAGUAAGAAGAAGGGGAAGUGACAUAGACAAUCCUACUUUGACUGUCACAGACAUCAGCCCACCCAGCCGUUCUCCUCGAGCUCCAACGAACUGGAGAUUGGGCAAACUGCUUGGCCAAGGAGCAUUUGGUAGAGUCUACCUCUGUUAUGAUGUUGAUACCGGAAGAGAACUGGCUGUUAAACAAGUUCAGUUUAACCCUGAUAGCCCGGAGACCAGCAAGGAAGUAAAUGCACUUGAGUGUGAAAUUCAGUUGUUGAAAAACUUGCUGCACGAGCGAAUUGUUCAGUAUUAUGGUUGUUUGAGGGAUCCUCAGGAGAAAACACUCUCCAUCUUUAUGGAGUAUAUGCCAGGGGGUUCAAUUAAGGACCAACUAAAAGCAUAUGGAGCUCUUACUGAGAAUGUGACUAGAAAAUACACCCGUCAGAUUCUGGAGGGAGUCCAUUAUUUGCACAGUAAUAUGAUUGUCCAUAGAGAUAUCAAAGGAGCAAAUAUCUUAAGGGAUUCCACGGGCAAUAUCAAAUUAGGAGACUUCGGGGCUAGCAAACGGCUUCAGACCAUCUGUCUUUCGGGCACAGGAAUGAAGUCUGUCACUGGUACACCUUAUUGGAUGAGUCCUGAGGUCAUUAGUGGAGAAGGCUAUGGCAGAAAAGCAGAUAUCUGGAGUGUAGCAUGUACUGUGGUAGAAAUGCUAACUGAAAAGCCACCUUGGGCUGAAUUUGAAGCAAUGGCUGCCAUCUUUAAGAUUGCCACUCAGCCAACAAACCCGAAGCUACCACCUCAUGUCUCAGACUAUACUCGAGACUUUCUCAAACGGAUUUUUGUAGAGGCCAAACUGCGACCGUCAGCUGAGGAGCUCUUACGGCACAUGUUUGUGCAUUAUCACUAGCAGCCGGCAGCUUCUGUGCCUCCACCAGCUCCAUCUUCGAGUUCACCUUCUCUCUUACUGCACUUUCCUUUUUUUAUAAAAAUGAGAGAUGGGGAGAAAAAGACAAGAGGGAAAAUAUUUCUCUUGAUUCUUGGUUAAAUUUGUUUAAUAAUAAUAGUAAACUAAAUUUUUUAUAUUUAAUCUUUUUCUUUACAAGAACUUGAAAGUUUUUUUUAAAAUUUUUAUAAUGUACUGAUGUGGUUCAGAGAUAUAAAGCACUUUAGUACAUAGUUGCUCUUUUUAGUACAAACAAAUCAUUUGGAAUAUAUAAAGAUUGUAGUCUUGCCCUGUAUCACUGACAUGGGAGACAAGAGAAGAAAGUGAUGUACAAUUUGUAGUUUUUAGUGAUAGUAUUUAAAUAGAUCCUUAUUUGUGGGGUUGAGCCUAAACUUGGGUUUAGGUAGGUACUCAACUUAAAGAAUAUAGGUUCCUUCUUAUAUCUGUAUUCUUUAGAGCCUAACCUCUGUCUAUCAAGCUCUUUUGCUCAGUAGGAAUCUUGACUAGAAGAUGAGAAUCUCUCAGAGGUAUGUUUGUUAAUCCUAGGCAGUAUGAUAGGCAAAUACACUAUAGUAGAUCCAUAUUACUGGAAUCUAUAAACCUUGAGAGAUAGCUUCUUGCUUAAAAAUACUGUUGUAUUUGAAAGCAGGUUACAUGCAUCCAACGACUAAAUUCAACUAAAACACAGACGACUGCUCAUUAAACGUCUGAGCAGUAGACGAGACCACAUUUGCCAGUCAGUAGGAAUAAUGGAAAAACAACCAAGUGUCAUUCAGUAUAUUUUAAACAUUGUUUACUUGAGAGGAAAGUUCCCAAAAUGAAAGGAACUGAGAAAUAAUAAAAAUUGUGUCUCAUAUCUUUCUAUUUCAAGUUCCUGGUUUCCCAUAUUUGCAGUCUUUAGCCCAUCUGUUAAAGCUCCUGUCAUGAAAUAAAACCCUUGUUCUUGUGAUCACAGAGUGCUAAGCCAGAGGCACUCAGAAGAGCAAACAUCAGGUAACAGUGAGGGCAGUGGUGGGGAGUCAUUUCACUUCAUUUGGCAUUUGGCAAGGUACUACCUGGUGGGCAGGGGUUGGGGGUGCUGUUAAACAGACUGUAGUAUACAAGGACUCCCUUCUCAGAAAUGAUUCUGCCACAGAUGGCAUAAGUGCCUAGAAUAAAAACCCAGUUAUAAGCUGAAAGCAGCCAUUCACAAAUCAGUAAAAACAUUUCAGAGGAAAGAUGUAGGGCAAAUGAGGGUCAAAAGAGUCAGGGAUGAACAACCUCAUCACAGCAGAUAACAGACGGUCCUUUGAUAGCUGCUGAUUGCACUUGAAUCACUAACUCUCACUUUAGAAAUAAUGAAUUUGAGUAUUGAACCUUUUGAAUUUAGCAUCUCUGUAUAUUCUUUCCUAAAAGUCAGUUCAUCCUUCUAGGCCCAGAAAAGUACAUCAAAACAAACUGUUUACUAGCAGUGGGAAGAUUAAAACACUGCCAGGUAUUUCCAGUGUAAGCACCUAUUAGAGCCAUGUCAUUAAAUAGAAAGACUGAGCUGGAGAGGAUCCCGCUGUCUAGUAGAAUUAUGAGAUUUAAAAAACAUGAAGGUGUCAGUAAUUUGGCCACUUCUAAAUAUUUCAGCAUAUUAAACCAAGUGCUAAGUAGUUUAUUUUCCAAAGUCUAGAUGCUAACACUCUUCCAGGAGACCCUGAAUGGAAUUCUUUUCAUCAGAAGAGACAAAGAUUCUGAUUUCAUUGUUGUUAUUAUUAUGUUUAUUUAGAUACCUUUUAAGUACUUUGCUUCUGAAGUUAUGUAGAUCUGGCAUUAAUGUAUCAAGAGACUAUCGGGAAUACCCUGUAAUAAUUUUUGAAAUUUGAAGUAGUGUAAGAGUCAAAGCAGAAAAUAUUAGUUAACACUUCUCCUGCACACUGUAAAGCAAAGGAAGCCCUUAAAAAGACUAAACGUCAGGUGCCUCCCACUUCAGCAAACCUAACGUGUGGGUGUGUUGUAAUUUCUUUAUCUCUUAGGAGUGAGGACAUCUUUUCUACUUGAGCAAAGUCAUGGUACCUGGAUUGUUGGGGUUUUAUUUUGUUUGUUUGUAUUGUUGUUUCUUUGUCUCUAGUCUGGUUGUGAUUUUCCUUUGGCUCAUUUUUGGUCCAUCAGGGUAAUGUGCAGUACAGAAGAGAGACAAACACUCUUCAAAAAGAUACCUGCACACUGGAAAUCAAAGCAAUUGUUAGCUUUUUUACAGUCUUCUAUUUCUUUUCUAAAUUCAAUAGUAAAUAGUUGUAUCAGAAUACUUUUGCUUUAUAAGAAAAAUAAAAUUAUAAAGACUUAAAAAUAGACUAAUAGUUUACAGAGUUAUUAUAUGGAAUAUGAUGUGAAUUUAUUUCAGACCAGUUAUGAAGGUACCAAAAACACAAUGAAAGUUUAUAUACACACACAUACAUGUAUAUAUGUGUGUGUAUAUACAUACACAUACAUAUGUAUAAAAGUACAGACACACACACACACUUGUGUGUGUAUAAAAGCAAAUGCUCCGUGUGUGUGUGUGUGUGUUUGUGUGUAAAAGCAAACCCUGCUAGAGCCAAAAAGCUCGAAGUAGAUGAUAGGGGUAUGGGACAUGGAAGGUCAAUAGUAAAUUUUUUAAAAAAAGAUUUUUUUUUUGAAAGGAAACAGUUUUGUCAAAGGAAGUAAAAUAUUACACUCCAUUUUUUUCCUGCCUAAAUCUGUUUUGUGUUUUUGAUGUACAACUGAUUCUUUGGUACGGCAAUGUUUCUUUGUGGCUGGAAAAUGGCCAGACUGCUGACUUUGUGCCUUUAAAUGCAUUCUGCAUUGCCAGUAGCAGACUUCCGGUGCUGGACCCAGAUCCACUAGCAGCGUCAGGUGUGCUUCCAGGAAGCACCUUCUGCUUAGACCCUCAGAGAUUCAAAGUGGCAUGACAGGACUGAGUCAAAUGGAAGACAUUUUGUAGUGUAAACAAAAGUAGUUGAAUAAAAGAGUUGGAAAACAUAACAAACACAAUUUUGGAUGGAUUGGCAUUUAAAUGUAUUGAAGUUUUACGUACUUUGAGGUUUUCAGAAUGAAUGCCUUGAACAAUUUCAGCACUUUUCCUUGUUUACAAAAAUAUAUCUCUAACUUUAGAAACAUCUAUAACUAUUGCCUUAGAAAGUAUUAAGAGGCACAAUCUACAACAUGUGAGAAGUCAAAUAUUAAUGCACAUGCUGGACUAUAAAAGAAAUUAAAACUUUCAUUCCAGAUUAAACUGAAUUGACUUUCAUUUGAGUCUUACCUUGUUCCCAAUAGAAAUUACAUAAAAGUAAAGAUACAUCUUUAGAGCAGCUUUCUGCUACUAAGUUUUGACAUCAUUCAGGUCUGAUCUGUGCUGUUUCUGAAAUAGGGUUGCUAUAAAAUACGUGAAAUCGCUAAGAAAAUAAAAUCAAACCUGAAUAGAUUGGCAGGUGACCCAGCAUGAUACAGACUCCUUGGCUAAUGGCACAGUUCAUGCCAAAGGUUUUAUUUGGGGUCUGAGAACUUUUAUAUAAAUUCAGCUGGAGUCAACCAGGUGUACAAAUAUAUGUCUUAUUUUAAUUUGUUUUUGAAGUCAGGGUCCUCACUAUGUGGUUCCAGGCUGGCCUGGAACUUCAAUGCUCUGCCUCCACCUCCAGGUGCUGGGAAAACAGGCAUGUGCCACCCACUGUACCCAGCUUUGUCCAUUUCUUAAAAAAAUAGGGUCAAUCUUUUUCAUUUUUUCCUCAAUAAUUGUGAUGCUAUGUCAUAUUAAAUUAAUGUCCUUCAGGAAGUUACAGUCGAGGAUGAGUAUGGGCAGACAGUUUAUGGCAUACCCUAACUCUGAAAGUUUAGCAGUGACGUUUAAAAUGCUAGCAUUUUUAUAUGGAAUAAUAAGGAAGAAAUUGUUUGGGUAAUUGUUGGCUAUUGUAGACUCCAAAGACAUUAACAAGAAGGAUUAGAGUAAAACUAUCCCCACAUCCCAGGUUAGACAACCUCUCUAUCAGCACCUGUUCUUACUACACAACACAAACCCAGACUCUUCUACCACAAUGGGAUAUUUAUUCCUUACCACACUGUAUUGGGGUUCUCCCUGACCCUGCUGUUGUUACAGUUUUAAUUUGGUUUUAAGGGGGAUAAAAACCCAAACUUCAUUUUGGGGUGUUGAAAUAUCCAAAAUAUUUGAUAGAGGUUGAACUUGUGCCAAGUGUUUAUUAUGCUAGAUCAGAUUUUUUUGAGACCCUAUUGUUUUAUCAUUAAGUUUGGCAUUUACUUUUAGAUAUAACAUUCAUAUUUAUUUAACUUUAACACUGGUUAAACUUCAAUGAAAAGCAAUUUGUUAAUUUUUAGUAGUGCCUUUUUCUCUGUAUGCCUUAAUUUUAUUUUAUAUGUGUAAUUGAAAUUACCUAACAAAAUGAAGUUUUCCAAAAUCACUAGGCCUCAAGAGUUUAUUUGGCCUUAGACUGUGUGUUGGUCCUUAUGUGUUUCUUAAUGCUUAUUUCUUACUCUUACCCUUUCUACCUCCUUUAAAAAAGUUAGGAGAGAAACAGCAGCAUUUAUAUGAUUGCAGUCUCCACUAUAUGUGAAGUCCUAAAAUAAAUGCAGAAAGGUAUUCUCAUUCUAAAAGACAUAGUAAAUUAAUUUUUGGGUUGAUUACUUGAUUUUCAGUCAUAUUGGCACUGUCCAAGUUUUUGUGUAUUAUUAUUUGGUGUGAUUUUCAUAGAACUAGGGUUGUUAUCUUGCCCUAAAGAACUCCUUUAACAAAAGUUGAGGCAAUGAGCAAGAAAUCCAGGGACAGCAAAUUCUAAUCCUUAGUGUUUAGUAUUUUGACUAAUACUCUAGCUUACUGUUAUGUGAAGUGCGUGGCGUGUGUGUAUGUGUGUCUGUGUGUGUGUGUUUGGAGCUGGGGCAGGGGUAGGAAAGAAGGUGUAGUUAGUUGUUCAGUUAGAUCUGUUUCUGUUCUUGGAAGAACAACUGAAAAUGUAUGAUCUACUAAUUUGGGGUGAGAAUAAUCAUCCUCAAGUAGGCAUGCCAGUAUAUUUUCUGUAAGUAGUUAGUACAAAUGAUUGUUUAAUAAAGGUAUUUAUUGUAAAUUGCCAAGCUCUUAGUUGCUAAAAGUAGAUGAAAAUUCAAUUUGUGUGCUUGUGUGUAUAAUAAUUAGCUUAUAUAUAAUUCUUAAAUAGAAAAUAUUCAAUCUUAGAUAUUUCUUCAUGAACUUUUUGGAAUAGAAAUUCUGCCAGACAUUAUCUAACCUAACCAGCUUCCUUAGCUUACCAAGUCAUUAAAAGGAAAUAUUAUUAUACCUCUUUUUGGUUGGCUAAGGAAGGCGUGCUGUGAUGUCACUGUUCCUACGUCAUAGUCACCUUUAGUGUUGCUUUGACUUCUCUCAUCAACUAGACAGGAUGCAUUAGGAGCUGUGGAAAUGCCAGGACCAUCCUUCUCUCCCUCCAUUCUCUCCAUUCAGAACUGGAGACGACAAGCUUUCAGGGGAACCUAGACAGGUCUUUUGAUAGAGGUACUAAGUGUAGUCAAGGUUGAGCUUCAAGGGAGGAGUCAUAGCUUGUAUCCAUUGCCUGUAUACAGUCUUAUAUAAUUCUUCAUGCUUUUUUGUGUUGUGUGUUUUCAUAGACAGUCAUAAGGUAUUAGUCAUAAGGUAUUGUUUCCUAACAGCAAAGACAUUAAACAAGAGAAUACUCCUGUCCUUCUGCCUGAUGAUGUUUGUUUGUAUCUCAGUCUGUAUUACCAGAAUCACUUUAAACCAAAGCUUUUGUAUUCCCUGCACAUAUAGCCAAAAUGAUUAGUCCUGUUAAAUCUGCCCGUGAGUAAACUAGUAGGAGAUAAGUGGUAGAGCAGACGCCAGUAGACUUUGUAUGCCAAUCCUUCAAGGAAAAGGACAGGUGCUCAGUGUUUGCAUUUAGACUAUCGUGAAGCUGUAUAAAUACUGCAGACUUAAGUUCGUAUGUGUGCCAAUCUUAUUAAUGUCAUUUGACCACUGAUGUAUGUAGAUUUACAUUGACAUCUGAUUCCUCAGAUUGGUGGCUUAUUUUCUUUAUAGUCUCUUAACAUUUAUGAGCUUGUGUUUGACUUAAAGGGACAUUUCGACAAUGCUGUGAAGAAAAGUAGGUUAUGAACUAAAGUCUGCUUUGUGCCAUAGACAUUUUGGAACAUACAGAAGCAUCUGCUCUCUGUUCUUUAAAGCUUACAGAAUUUGUCUCCUGCUUUGGAUUUAUGAAUCUCGUAAUGCCAGUUGAGAAAAGUUUAUAUCUAUUCUGAAAACCACUUUUGUGUUCAUUUAUUUGUAUAUUUUAUAACUUCUUUAAAAAAAAAAAAAACAACCCUGUGUAAUCAGUGAUUUUAGCAUUAGUAUUACUUACAAGGGAAGAUAAGUAACUAUAUGUUAAACUCUAGUAGAUGCUUUGACUCCAGGAUGUAUUUGAUAGGUUCUCAUUUUUCCAAAGAGUCUUUUUCCCACCUGAAGUAAGGAGAGUAGACUGGUGGGAAGCUACAAGCCAGAAAGGCUUAUGGGCAAAAGGAAGUGGGCCAAACUUCUUUAAAACAAAUAAUUUUGGUUUUUUUUUUGAUAAUUAGUAAGUAAAAGGUUUACAUUUCUUCUAUUGCUGUUGAUUUUUAAAUUUAGCCUGCAUUCUAAAAUAUCAUAACCAAGUUAAUACCAAAAAAUACUUUUAAUGUUGACAUCUCUUAUAUCUCAUGUGGUUGUUUUUACUCAUUGUAAAUAAACUUGGAUAAAUUUGAAAAUAAACUUUUAUCUUACAAACUAUGAUUAUCAAUUUGUAAAUUUACCCUUUGACUUAAUGUAAAUUUAAAGUGUAUCCAUUAAAUUCUCUAUAUUUAAUGUAUUAUUUUCAGCAAAUGUUUUUAAUCUCAGUUGAAUACUGGGCAGUUUAUAAUUAUGUAUAAAUAUUUUAUGUUUCUUAUCAAUGUUGACUUUUUUGCACAUUUUCCAAACAUUUAAUUUGUACACUGAUUUAUAUGACCAAUAAUUGUUGAGUGUCUGAGGAUCAUGAGUGUGUGCAUUGAACUACUGUCUUCGUGUUUGCACUUCUUCCCAGAUGUAGCCCUCAAUUACUACGCUGCUACAACACUUAGUAGGACCUUCUUGCUUUUGCAAAGUUACCUUGUGUGGUUCUGUCUUUGUCGAGGAACUCAGGAGUUCAGUGUUGCGUUCUAAUUUUAUCCUGUAUUCUGAAUCAGUUCCUAGGUUGAAAGUAUUCUGUAUCAAUAGAUAUGUGUUUGUCUGGAGAUGCCCUUUUCUGUGUGUAGGCACAUGUAUAUAUCUUAGUAAAUUCUUAUUUUUGUUUCAUUUCUACAAUUUAAAGAACUUUAUGAUAAUUAAAUAUAUGUAAAGGCUUUCUGAAAAAUUAUUUACUAUAUAUAUACUAUAUUUUUCAUCUGGCUGGUCAAAAUUAUUUUUUAAAUUUUGGUUUUAACCAUUUAGGCAUUUGUAGUUCCAAAAUCAGAUACAGAUUUUGCUUAGAGCUCAGUUAAAAUACUCUUGCAACUAACAUUCUUUUGGGGGUUGGGGUGGGGGAUUGUUAAACAGUAGCAAAACACACUGUCCACAAAUAUGGCAUUUGACCUCUUGGAGUUGUUAAAAAUGUAAGAAAUUAAAUUGUCUUGAACUUUAGGCCUGUCUGGCUUUUGUUUUUGAAUAUAUCCUUUAUUUCCCAGUUUUUAGGUUUUAAUUUUUCUCUUACUGAGCAAAGUUAGACUGAGUGUAUGAGACAAUGCAUUGGCAUAUUGUGAUUCUUCACAGUUGACUACCAUUGUUAGGAAUCUCAAAGUACGCGGUAUGUCUUUAUACUGUACUGUGUGUUUUAAGCAACUGGCAGAAAAAGAGUUGGAAAUUAGGUUUCCCAUCUGACAGUGUUUCUGUAUUCAGUGUUCAAUGGAAGCCUUCUAAAAUAUGUGGUGUUAUAAAUGAUCUGUGUUAGGAAUAAAGCCCACGGUUGAAGUUGACUAUCACUAAGAUUAUUAAGUUGAAAGGAACCCAUGUGAUUAGAACCUACCAGAAGCCAGACACAGUGUAGUAUGUACCACAUUUCACACACAUUUUGGGUUUGUUGUUUAUUCAAAAUUGUGCUUGUAAAAAAUGCAUAAAAUUUCUUGAGUUUUAUAAUUUCUAUGUAUUUUUCUCUUGCUGGUAAAUAGCUUUUUAAAAAUUUAAUAUAAAAGAAACCAUGUUUAUAUUUUGUUAGUGAUAAUGACUUUGUUUAUAUGGCAAUCUGUGUAUUAUUGACACAUCUUUAUUUAGAUUUGUCAUGCAUGAAGGCCUGCGAUAUUUAGUACAGUGAGACAUACUUUUUCUUUCCUGUUCAUCUUUGGAUGGAUUGUGGUACAGAGGCUUACUCUCAGUAACCUUCUGGACUAUGGGAUGGACAUAAAUGAUGGCACUUUGAGUGUUAAUAAAGCUGGUAUUUAUUCCCACUGUGA